AUGGCUCACCGCAUCGUCACCCAAGUCGUCGUCACCGGAGCGCGGGUCUUCGGCCGCGCUUUCGCCGAAGCCUACAAACAAGCCCAGGCUUCCGGUAAACACGCCGCCGCGAAGAAGGCUGCUGGUGUCACUUCCUCCACCUUGGCUCUCGAUGAGGCCUGCAAGAUUCUCAACGUCAAGCCCCCCGUCGCCGGUGACAACGCGGAGCAUGUUAUGGAACGAUUCAAGAAGCUCUUCGAUCUGAACGACCCCAAGAAGGGUGGCAGCUUUUACUUACAGAGUAAGAUUCUGCGGGCGCGUGAACGGAUAGAAAUGGAAAUUCGCGAGACAGAACGCCGGGCCGCCGACGAGAAGGAACUGCGCGAGGGCUGGAAUCCCAAGGUCUACAAGGACCGGUGA